GGGAGUCAGAAUCGAUGGGUAAUGCACAAGCUGCUAAAAAGGGUGAUCCGGCCGAUGUGAAAGCUCUUCUGGAAGAAGCAAAGAAAGAAUUUCUAGAAAAAUGGGAGAAGCCUGCUCAGAACACGGCCACUCUGGAUUCAUUCGACCGAAUCAAAACGUUAGGCACUGGGUCUUUCGGACGCGUGAUGCUAGUCCAGCACAAAGUCAGCAAGGAAUAUUAUGCUAUGAAAAUUUUAGACAAACAAAAGGUGGUGAAGUUGAAACAAGUUGAACAUACGUUAAACGAAAAGCGUAUAUUACAAGCUAUUUCGUUUCCGUUCCUUGUCCGGUUGGAUUAUCAUUUCAAAGACAAUAGCAAUUUGUAUAUGGUUUUGGAAUUUGUUAAUGGUGGAGAAAUGUUUUCCCAUUUAAGACGCAUCGGUCGUUUCAGUGAAAGUCAUUCACGAUUCUAUGCUAGUCAAGUGGUGUUGGCAUUUGAAUAUCUACAUCAUUUAGAAUUAGUCUACAGAGAUUUGAAACCGGAAAACAUUCUUAUCGAUCAAUAUGGAUAUUUAAAGAUAACAGAUUUUGGUUUUGCUAAACGUGUGAAAGGUAGAACAUGGACUCUAUGCGGCACACCAGAAUAUUUAGCUCCUGAAAUUAUUCUAAGUAAAGUAAGUUGUAUCAGUAAGUUAUAUUUAUUUAAAACAGUAAAUAUUAAUACAUGGGGGAACCAAAUGUAUAUGUUUCACACUUCGUUUGAUUUGUGUGAUGGCUAGGACACUAUCCGGGUGCCAAAACCGAAACAGGUUGUUUUCUUAGGGGGCCACUCCUAGAGCUUUUGAUCUAGAAAUCUAAUCCACAAGGCAGUGAAUUAACGUUAGGAGAUGCAAUCUCAUGAUAGCCGGUAACCAACAGUAGAUCCAUACACCAUUCGUUCCUUUAGGGUUGUGGAGCGCAUGUACACCAUUGAUUUGGAUUAAUAGUUUUUCAAUCCCCUUAGGUAGAUCCUCCAUAUUCUAAGCAAAGUAAGUUAUAUCAAUAAAUUAUCAUAAAUAUUUGACUUUUAUUAAACAAAAACUCAUCAUUUAAAUUAUAAAUAAUUCCAUUUAUAUUCAUUAAGUAUAUGAUGUAGUGUUUUUACUAGGAUACUACUCAAUUUCACACAUGGUUUAUUUACAUUUUUAUUAGGUAAUUGGAAUAAUUAAAAUGUUAAAUCAAUAAUACAUUUAGAAGGUGUUUAUAAUCAUUGAACUGAGAAAUUUCAUAACACAGGGAAAAAUAUAUCAAUUACUCAGUUACUAAGUGAUACAAUGUUCAAUGUUCAUUAUGUCAGUAUCCAACAACCUCAAACGACAGCAAGAAUUAUUUUUAAAUAUUAUAUCAGCUUAAAGCUUCAGUAUUGUAUUUGUUUAACAGUAGUGUACAUGAUCAAGAUCAGUGCUCUAUACUUCUGUCUCUAAAAAUGCCUUUAUUACAUCAAGUUUAUUAUAAGUUUAUUAGCACAAUACUGAAAAAGCUUUUGGUUAACUCCGUAGAUUUUCGCAUAUGCUUGUCUGUAAGUUAUAAUUAAUGUGCUAGACAUAAUAGUCUUACCAGGAUUUUCUAGUUCAAAGUAGAUGAAACCGUGUUUACAUCUACAAUCCGUUCAACUACUGUUGAUUCAUAGCGUAAUAUGAUAUUUUAAUGAUGUAGGUAAAUAUUGACCAGAAGAAACUUUUCUGAGAGUGGUUUUUAUCAUAUUCCACGUAGUUUUGCGCAUGAUUUACGUUUACUUUUACUGUAUAGAUAACAUAACACAUUUGAAAUGUGUAAUUUUGUUCCCAUCUCUCUGGCACAUUGAUUGUGUGAGGGAUAGUGAUACUAUUCAUCUGUCCAGACUAAAGUUGGGUGAAGUUGAGUUGGUAUCUUUGACUUAUUAAUAGAGAGUCCAGUGUCUUAAUUACUAUUCCAUUCUAUUUUUAAAAGAAGUUUACUCAAUCAUUUUCAUUACAUUGGACAUCAACAUACCUUAUGCGUUUAUUCAAUAUUUUAUUUAAUAGACUAUAACAUUUUACUACUUUCUUGUCAUUCUUUAGUUCGUACUUCUCAUCUUAUUAUUUCUACUUAACUUGUUCUAUUAUUUGCCUCUUUAUUCUUACUUAACAACUGUCAAUAGUUGAUUGUGUAAGAGGACUUUUCAAAUCUCAUACUAUCAAGUAGUUUAUUCAAAUAAUCCUUGGAACAUGAUAAUUUACCACCCAUUCACAUUUAUCUUUGAAUUAAUCCCACAACAAUUCAUAAUUAUAGCGAGACUAUAAUUUUGAGAUGAACUAAUCAGACUUAAGAUAGCACGUCUUAGAUUAUAGCCCGAAAUUUUUUAUGUCCAUAUAACUAGAUACUAUUUUGGAAUUAUAGUCAAUGUCAGUUCGUGAUGAAAACGCUAAUUCUAAUUCCUAACCCCUAACGUCCUAAUCCUAAUUCCUUACACUAAUUUACAAACCUCAUUUAAUCAUAGUAAGUUGGUGGAAAUUCUCAAGAUCACCUAAGUAUUACUCAAAGGUCUCACCAUUUAUACAUCUCAAUUGUAAUUUCUUUCAUUGUUCUAAAUGAUCUAUAUAUUGCUAAAUAUAACCAUAUAUAUGUUAAAUGAGUAAAUUUUCAUUUGUAUCUCACAAGUAACAACUUGUUUAACUAUCCUUCAAAUUUAUCUAUUCAUCAUACUAUAAAAAGAAAAAGAAUGAAUUACAUGUAACAUACUUAAAGUCUCUUAUAAUUGUGUCCUUUUUCUUUUGUAUUCGACAAACACAUUCAAUUUUACAGUACAUACAUAAUCUUUCUUAUUUUUCUUUUUUUUCAUUUAUCCUAGCAGUUUUCGUUUUUCUAUUUUGUCAUUGAUUUAUCUAAAAUCUGAUGAAGUGUAAAUGCUUUAACUAUUAUCAUUUUACAUAUCAAUAUACAUGAUAAGAGACAUGUAUUACCUUUUGCUGUUAUGUGUGUUUCCUAGUUGUUUUAAUUAUUCGUUUACUACUUUUGAUAUUCACCUGAUCUAUUGAUUUAUUCUGUAUUCUUACACCUUUUUUUUCACUGGUCAACUUUUUGUAAAUAAUUAUAGUUUCACAUGCAGUUGCAUAAUUUCACUAUGUAUCAAUACAGAAAGAAAAAACACACAAGAACACAUUGAAGAAUCUUGACAUAUUUAAUGUUUUCUCCCAUUACUAAUUGUAAUAUUGUUUUUUUUUUGUGUAUCAUAAAUGUUUUGUUUUUGGU